AUGUGUCGCGCAACUCGUCGGGAGUACUAUGGUCCUCAUCGGCCAUCAACGGAUGUAUUCAAGCCCGCUCAGAGGGGCAGCUGCCCGAUCAAACAGCUACCGUUAUCCGACGACCAGUAUCUGGCGUGCACCAUGGUUUUGGACAGCUGGUACCUUAUUCGCUUCCACAGCAGAUUGGAUACCGAACGCAAAGCCACUGCCAGCAGCAUCACUUGGUGCAGACAAGUCCAUCUUCGCGCUACCGACUGUCGUCUGCUCCUCCUCGCUUUGCUGAACGACAUAACACCGUUUUCGAUACGCGUCAGCAUUACGGCGCUCAUUAGCGGUGCAGCGGGUACGACGGCUGUUUCCCUGACAGAGCUGCUAACGGAGAAAAGCAGGUGGGUGGUCAGAAAGCUGUCGACAAAUCGAUUUCAAAACAUUAGCCAUGUAUGUUACAAAUCGUCGAUGGGCGUUCGCCAGCCGCUGAUCAAGGAGCACAUCAUCACCGACAAUCCGUCUUUGCGCCAGUACAUUAUGGAGAAACGUUUCUGCGCCAAGAGUCGAGCAAGUAUGAAUGUUGUUUUCUACCUCAUCGCAUAUGUUCUGAAUACUGCAGCGGUUCUUGCACCGACAAUUCUUUUGCAGUAA